AUGGUAAUCAUCUAUAACAUCGACAACCAUCUCUUAUUUGUUGGUGAUGAUAAGUUCGAGAAUGAUGGACUCAUUAAGUACUCCCAGAGGUAUAUGAAUGAGCUCAAGACUCUUGUUUAUUGGUUCCAUGUUGAUAAUUUCUCAAGCCCACAUGCUUAUCUUAGACUCAACGAAGGUGAGACAGUACCACCACAGAAGCUUAUUGCAAUCUGCUCCCAGAUUGUCAAGCUUGGCUCAAUAGAAGGCGUAAAGAGACCAGCUACAGAUGUUAUCUAUACACUUUGCACAAACUUAGCCAAGACCAAAUCCUUAAAUGUUGGAACAGUUACAUUUGUUCCAAACGCAGAGAUCUUAUACAAUAGAGCUGUAAGAAACAACAAACAGAUCGAAAAGCUCCUUGAAAAGAACAAGGCUUCUACCACAAUCCCAGAAAUGGAGAAGGAUCUCAACGAUCUCAUUAAGAAUUCAAAGUUUAAGAAGCAAGACAAUGAUUACGACUCUUAUGACUACUCAUCUGAAGGAUCGACUGGCAAGCCAUCAAAGAAAUCUUCAAAGAUUCUUGGUGAUUUACCAAAAUACGAUGGUAACAACGAUUCAGAUGACUUCAUGUAA